GACAAUGAAAGUACCUCUGGUUUAAGUCAAGCCAUGAAAAACCUCAAACUUGUUUCAUUUGACAAUAGCCCUUACGUUACAGAAAGUACCGGCAGCAGCAGCGGUAGUGCGAAUGAUUCAUCAAUCGAAAACCAAACGCUUCGUCGCUUUAAGCUGAAUGAAUUUCUAAGUGUAUGUGGCAGGGAAACUGUGAAUCAACCAAAAAAAAGUUGGGAGCCACUAAGCACGAGAACUAAAAAUGUUCGCGCAUCCAAAGCAAAAGAUGCUGUCGUUGCGUCGUUAGAGGUCAUUUCUCCCGGAAACCCAGCAGCCCUAUGGGAAGCAAUGAAAAGCUCACAGUCUUUAGAAAAAGCCUUG